AUUUUUUUUUAUUCAACAAUACCAAGAUGGUUUACCUACAAAUUUUAGCUUCUUUUAACAUAGACAAAAACAGUAACAUCAAUCAACCCCAAUAAAGAAUCCCUGAGGAGGCUUCUUUGAAGCUCCUUCCCAUGGUGGUUUUGGUUCCUUAAGGUGCAAACCCUAAGAGAGAGAGAGAGAGAGUAGAGAGAGAAAGAGAGAGGUGAAGUAAGAGAAAGAGAAGGGAAUAGAGAGAGAGAGAGAGAGGGGGAUGGGGGAGGUGAAGGUGGUGAAAACCAUAAGCAGGGCUUUAUCUCAGAGCCAUGUUGGCUUUGCUCUGUUUGGGUUCUUCUUGGUCAUCCUCACAUAUUUCACAGUUUUUGAGCAGUUCUCAACUAGGCCCCCUAAUGCACUUUUGCGAACUUCGCCGGCGGUUUCGGCGCAAAUGAAUCCAAAGGAGCAGGAAACAGAUGCUCUGAAGAAGGAUGAUGGGAUUAAACUGGAGGAGAAACCAACACCUGCUGUGGAUUUUCAUGGUGAAGAGGACAAUAAGAACACAGAGAAUGAUAGAAGAAUAGAAGAUCAUGAGAACCACAAGGAGCCUGAAGAUGCUGAAAAGAAAGAUGGAGUUGAUUCCAAGCAAUUUGGCCACGAACCCGAGAAGAAGGAAGAAAACGAUUCCAAGCAAUUCGGCGGAGGAACCGAGCAUCCGAACCAACAGCCUGAGAAGAAGGACGAAACCGAGGUCAAGCAAUUCGCAGGCGGAGGGACGGAGAAUCGGCAGCGGCCGCCUCAGAACAAGCCGUUAUGCGACACGGCCGAUCCGCGAUCGGACGUGUGCGACAUGGAAGGCGACAUUCGGACGCACGGGAUCUCCUCCUCUAUCCUGUUCGUCCCUCCCUACCCUGUCUCCAAUCCGGAGCCCCAUGAAUGGAAGAUCAAACCGUACUCGCGAAAGUUCAUGAAUGGUAUCAAGGAAGUCAGUGUGAAGCAGCUGCACGGCCCGCAGGAAGCCCCUGCUUGUUCUGUCAGGCAGAGCAUUCCUGCCGUAGUUUUCUACCUCGGCGGCCUCACGGGCAACUACUGGCACGACUUCACCGAUGUUAUAAUUCCGCUCUUCAUCGAGGCUCGACAAUUCGACGGAGAGGUUCAAUUUCUCAUCACCAACAUUCAGGGUUGGUGGAUUGGCAAGUACCACAUGAUCCUCAAGCAGCUGUCACGGUACGACAUUAUCGACCUAGAUAAGGAUUUGCAGAUUCGGUGCUACCCGCGCAUGAUCGUCGGGAUCAGAAGCCACAAGGAGUUCAGCAUCGAGCCCUCGCGGGCUCCGAACGGACUAUCCAUGGUCGAUUUCCGAAAGUUCAUGAGGAUAGCCUAUUCUUUGGAUAGGGACUAUCCGAUCAAGCUGCGCGAGAACGUCGGCAGCAAGAAGCCGAGGCUGCUGCUCAUCGCGAGGGGGCUCAGUCGGAGAUUCACCAAUGUGGAGGAAAUCGUGAAGUCCGCAGAGAGGCUAGGGUUCGAGGUCGAGGUCGUGGACGCGAAGUUCAACGUGAACAUCGCGGAAUUCGCGAAGGUCGUGAACUCGUGCGACGUCAUGGUAGGCGUCCACGGGGCCGGCCUGACGAACUGCGUUUUCCUGCCGACGAACGCGGUUAUGAUCCAAGUAGUCCCCUACGGGAAGCUCGAGCACAUGGCGAAGAUCGAUUUCGGCGAGCCUGCGAUCGACAUGCAGCUGAAGUACGUCGAGUACAGCAUAAGCGCUGAGGAGAGUACACUGAUGGACAUGUUUGGGAAGGAUCAUCCUAUCAUCAAAGAUCCAAUGGCAAUCCACAGGAGUGGAUGGGAAAAGGUUGGGGAAUUUUAUCUUGGAAAGCAGGAUAUAAAGCUUGAUGUGAAUAGGUUUGCUCCCACUCUAUUGAAAGCCAUUGAUCUCCUCAAAGAAUAGGGGGGUUAUUGCACCACACAAAAGAGAAGUUCAAAUUUAGCAUAUUGGUUUCAAUUUUCACUUCAUGUUCUUUUUUUCUUUUUUUGGAUUAUUAGCUAAUUACAGUUACUAUUUAUUAUUAUUAAUUUUUUUUUGUAAAAGGAUAUCAAGUUAAAGAGUUCUUUUUUGGGAAAUAUUGGAUAUGCA